AUGAUUGCUGCCUUCAAGUCCCAAGAAUACCUCUGGAUGAGACGAUCCCACCUCCCCUGGUUCGAAAAACAACAAUCGAGUUCUAUAAAGCACUCGUCACGGCACAGAAGUGAUUGGUUAUUUGCACUUACUCCUGGCCUAGACGAGGACUACUUUGACGGCGUCAUGAACACCCUGGUGCAAAUUAUGUAUUACCCAGACACCAGAUCCACACUACGGCAAAUAAACGAUAACAAGACAUCGGAACUUGAAUCGGCUGAGAGGCAGCGCUUGUCGAAUAAUGUGCCAGGAGCACGGGGCACCGGGCCUACCAUGAGUUGGGGGGCGUUCACAGGUUCACCGUCACUAGACAAACGCAGCAUGGCAAAUCCACCUCGAACGCCCCUAAGCCAGCUGCUGCCGCCGCUUAUCCUUGGUGGAGCGGGCUUCAGCUACCAACACACGCAGAGCCCGAACGUCGAGCAGACGAGAGAGGUGGUGAGCCGCGCUUUUGAACUGGGGGUCCGAGCCAUCGACACGUCUCCGUACUAUGAGCCGUCAGAGGCGCUGCUAGGCGAGGCGCUCUCGCACCCAGACUUCACCACCAGAUAUCGCAGGUCGGACUACAUCCUUAUGACCAAGGUCGGCCGCGUAAGCGCGACGAAAUCCGACUACUCGCCAGACUGGAUCAGAUCCUCGGUCGCGCGGUCCCUUCAGCGGUUACGCACGAGUUAUCUCGACGUGGUCUUCUGCCACGAUAUCGAGCUCGUCGAGGAGGAAAGUGUUCUGAAGGCGAUCGGGGUGCUGCUAGAGUUGGUCGACGCCGGCACAGUGCGUUACAUCGGGGUGUCAGGGUAUCCCAUCAACACGCUGGCCAGAGUCGCUCGCCGCGCGCGGAAACUAUACGGCCGACCGUUGGAUGUAAUCCAGAACUGGGCACAGAUGACGCUCCAGAACGACCGGCUAGAGAGAGAAGGGCUGCAGGCAUUCAAAGAGGCCGGUGUCAACUGCGUCUGCAAUUCCAGCCCGCUGGCUAGCGGGCUCCUGCGGGGAGAAGGCGUGCCGAUUGCUGCCCUGGGGGACUGGCAUCCAGCCCCGGAGGGACUGCGAAGAGCGGCCCAUGCAGCGGCCGCCUAUGUCGCCUCCCAGGGGGAGGUGCUGGCGCGUCUUGCACUUCGAUAUGCCCUUCGACGAGCGCAGCACUGCUCCACGUCAGACGUGCGUGUGGGUACCAUCAUGGGAGGCACGACGGUAGCUGAAGUUGAAGAGAAUGUCACGACUGCACUCAAGGUUCUGCAACGGAGCAAUGGGAGGCUGCAAUGGAGCAGCCAGGGGAUAGGAGGGUGGACGGAGAAUCGCGAUGCGCAGUUAGACCUGCGCCUGUCUAGGGACGUCCAGCAAAUCUUAGGGAAGUGGAGGAAUUACAGCUUUUCAGACGGGAAAACUGAGCGAAAGGAGGAUGUGGUCCAAACGAAGCUAUAG